GUAUGAAGUAACAGAAAUUGUGGUAAUCAAGUUCCAGAAAACAAUAUGAAGUAACUAAACAGGUUUUCAUUUUCAGAAUUCAGUUUCGGAACUCAUCAAAAUUAUCGACUAAACAAUGUUUUUUCAAGUUUGGUUUCUCACGAAACUGCAGCUUAUUUUCAUUUUAAUUUUUUUUCGGUUGUGGCAGCUUUAAGAAAUGAAAUGACAACUAAACGGCCAAUCAAAUUGGUCAAACAAUUAAAACCCUGGUAAAUUGUUCAAAUUGUUCAAACAAUUUGAUGCAGGUAAAUUCUAGUCAUUAUUAUAAUUUUGAGAAACCUAGCUAGCAUAGGAAGAGGGACUAAACUCAACAGAGGAGGCCGCCACUGCUGCUGGGUAAAGGGAAGCUCACCUGAAAUCGAUGGAGCUUCGCGCCGUCAAGGAACUCGCCGCUGCUGGUGGGGCAAGGGAAGCUCGACUGCUUUGAGGGAGCUUCACACCGACAAAGGAACUCGAAUUCUUACUUCACCUGAUCGAGCAAAGGAUCGAUUUUCUCGACCUGCUGAUCUGCAAAACAAUGGAUCGAGCAGGGGGCGAGGGUCGCCGAGUCGCAGCAGGGGGCAGCGUCGCGGGUCGUGGGCCGCGGGCUGGGGAUAGGGUCGUCGGCGGAUGGUGCGGAGGAAGGAAGGCGUCACGGAGCCUGGGCUCGCCGCUGUCUGGGACGAAGGAAGGUGCGGAGGAAGGCUGUCUGGGACGGAGGAAGGCGUUGGAGGAAGGCGCGGAGGAUACAGCGUGAUUUUCUGCUGUAUUAAACGGAGGAAGGCGCGGAGGAAGGCGUCCUCGGGGAUCGGCGGGGGUCGCCGGGGAUCAUCGGAUUGUGGAGGAGGGCUGGGGUUUGGGGGUGAACGAAGGGGGUGGGGUGGCUGCUGUUUGGAGGAGGUGGACAAAAAAUGGAAGGAAGAAAGGGUUGGGGUAAUUGUUUUAUAACAUAAAACGACGUCGUUUUG